AUGUUGACAGGUUUCAUACAGGAUGCUUCAGCUAUCCAGGCACUGCUAGACCAGCUGAAAUCAUCCGAUGCCUGGCGCAAGGUCGCCAAUCCGAACGCUGUGAUUCCGGCGACCAACCCCCACGAAUCUCUUAGUGAACGAGCGGUUCCCGAUCAGUUGGUUAUGCGCCCUCAGGAUGACCAUGAAGGGGCCGGAUUUGAAGAAACUGAUGAGAGCAUGCAUGUGGACACUCUUACGUCCGCGAGUUCAGAUAUGGAAGCUUGCUCGAAGCUACCCUCAGUCGCAGCCCUCCUUUCGCAGCUGCAGUCUUCAAACGCCCUGAACAGCGCGGUUGCAGGCACGAGCCUCCCACCAGUACCUAUAGGCAUAUCUUCGGCGCACGCCCCCCUUAGACCCGGUCGAUCCCAAAAUGCCGGUCCGGAUAUGGCACCAGGGAUUGACACGCACCAGCGAGCACCCCAAACGCCUUCCGAGAAUGUGCGGGCGUGUUCAUUCCAACAGGCCCUACCCCAUCUCGCGCGGCUUUCCCAGGAUCUAGACGUUCUCAGAAUGCUGACAACUAUGAAAUCUGAGCAGAUCGAGUUGGAGCGUCAGUUGUGGCAUGAACGGCGAGAAAUCCAACGGAAGCAUGAAGAGAGGGUCAGAACGGCACGUACCAAGGCGAACAUCAUUGGAGCGGGUCUUACACAAUAUGAAGCCGAUGCAAUGACGGACUCUUUCCGGGCAGAGCUGCGUAAAUUCGACCGCGAGAGGGCGCUGCCUGCGUGGGAUGGCCUAGUGACCAAGCAGCAGAUCGCCCUCGAGGCACUUGGCGUACCCGCGAUGUUCCCUUCGACGGAGGUUACGGAUCGAGAGGUACGGGCGCUCUAUGGCAUUCCAUUGAUGAUGCUGAUGUGGAACGCUACCACCCAGCGUCAACAGAAGAUCAUGCAGGUCACAGCUCGGAUUGGGUGCGAGCUACAUCCCGAAUACGAAUAUUGUAGGGUAGCCUGUCAUUUGGUGACGCACCGGUGUCCAGUCAGCUCAGCUCCACUCAAUGGACAUUAUGUUAAUUUAUGUACCGAAGCAGUCUGCCCCAAUCUGGUCGAGGUCGCGGCGCCAGAGAUUCUUCUCACUGUUAUUAUCCUGGUCAAUUCAACGGACAUUCAGUUCUGCGGAACGAUGAACCCGAUCACCAUGCCCUACGUCGACCUCGUGUCCUCUGACGACUAUGCGUCGGUAUGGUACACGACCAACUCUGCUUCGCUCAACGUCAGCGGCUUCGAUCCCGAGAAGCCGACUCUGGUUCUGCUCCAUUCCCUAUUUCUCGACAACACUUGGCUCCAUCCACAAAUGGACGAUCCGCGCCUGAACGCCAACUUCAACAUCAUCACGUUCGACAUACGCACCGCCGGCAAGUCCACGUUCAGACCGACAGGGCGUUUUGACCUCUGGGUGACGGCGGCCGACUUGGCGCAUUGCUUCUACCACCUUCACCUUCCCCCUGCACACAUCUUUGCUCCCGAGCUGUUCUCGUGGACGGCACUGCGUUUCGCUGCCCUUUUUCCGGAACUGUGCUUGAGUUUGACGCUCUGUAAUGUGACCCCACAAACAGAAUUGAAGUCAAUAUUCGAUGCAUUCGAGGAGUUGUGCCAUUUGUGGUGUUACGCGGAGGAUUUGGAGUCAUUUGAGACGGCGUGUAAGGAACUCGUGAACUGUUAUGCCAUAGAUGCACAUCCAGAUAUGGUUGACGAGCUCAUUGCCUUCUGGGCCGUAAACUACCCCCCUUUCCGAAGAACACGUGUGAUCAUGAACGCGAACCUUGUACUAAACAGAACUCCGAUGACGGAGGAGGAGCUAGCGAACAUCCGAUGUCCAACACUGAUAAUCCAGGCUGAACGCAGUCAGUCACAUCCAAUGGAGUACGCACAACAGCUGCGACAGGCACUGGUCAACGUACCAAAUGGCGCACAGCUUUUCACCGUCAAGGCAACCCACGGUUACCUCUGCCUUCUCUCGUCAUCCAUAGUCAACCAAGUUCUGAAUAAGUUCCUGACUCGCCAACCCCCCGCGAGAAGCGACCUCGAGCCGCCUGAGAUCCCCCUCCCGCAGCGCAUGAGGAUGGCGCUUGAACAGCUCUCCGAGUACACGGACGACCCGAGCAUAGCAGAGCGCGACCCUCAUUCUCCUCUCUCGUUUUGCUGUGUGACGGAAGAAGUACGCAAGAGCCAGGAAGAGCUUAACCGGAUCUAUUCGGAAGGGGAGAGCUCUGCUCUGUCUCCCCUGGCGCCAGAUGGGCGCCCUCUGCGCAGAUACUCGGAGCGCAAGGACGAACACUGGCUCGAAUCAAGCAACGACGGUUUUUCUUAUACCAGUACGUUACACUCCCACCUGAGUGCAAGGGCGGACAAGAAGAAACCCGGUCGCCGCCAACAGCUCCCCAUAGAGCAAGAGACCCUCCUCCACAUGCCCUCGGAGCCAGUCACGCAAGAGGUCCAGCAGGUCGCGCGCAUUCGCCGCGCGACAGUCCUCCCACAGAGUACUGCAGACAAGCACGUCAUCAAGGGCUCGAUGGCGAAAGUCAUUGCGUCUGGCACAGCGACAAGUUUGCAGCGUCGGCUCCUCCGGUAG